UAGAGAACUACGGAUAUUUUUGUUGAGACACAUAGAACAUAUAUAAUAAAAUAAUUAAUGAAUAAGAUUCGUGGUGUAGGAUAGCUUAAACGCAUUUGUUCACUAAAGAUACACCAUUGUCCUCCCGCAUGCCAUUAUCUGCGUAAUUCGAUCCCUGGAGGACUAAUGCUAAAUGGCUGGCAAAAAGAAAGAAGUCAGUCUACAGGUGUCAGUCACAAACGAGGAACAGUGGGGCGAAAUGCUCUCCACAAAGGGCCUAACAGUUGUUGAUAUCUAUCAGCAGUGGUGUGGCCCUUGUCGCGCUGUCGUCAGCCUUUUCAGAAAAAUAAAGAAUGAACUCGGCGAUGAUCUUUUACAUUUUGCAACAGCAGAGGCGGACAGUAUCGAUGCUCUGGAGAGGUACAGGGGCAGAUGUGAACCCACGUUCCUCUUCUAUGGGGGUGGAGAGCUGGUGGGGGUUCUACGGGGUGCCAACGCGCCCCUCUUGCAGAGGCUGGUGGUGGAGGAGCUGGUCAAGGAGAAGAGGGUUCUGGAGGACGGGGCAGAGCGCAGAGUGGUGAAGGAUGAGGGGCUGGUCGAUGGGGAGGACGAGGACGAGGAGGAGACCGUUGAGAAUGACCACAGUGAUGAUGAUGUUCUGGUUCCGCCACACAAAUCCUACACAGUAGCGAUUAUUAAACCAGACGUGGUCGCACAUGGCAAAGCCAGCGAGAUUAUCAUGAAGAUCCAGGACGCCGGCUUCCAGAUCCUGGCCCACGACGAGAGGACCCUGACUGAGGACGAGGCACGUGUCUUCUACCAGCACAAAGAGGACCAGCCCUACUUCCAGGAGCUGGUGGAGUUCAUGGCCAGCGGGCCGUCCCACGUGCUGGUCAUCUCGCAGACGGACGCCUCUGCCGACGUCGUCCCGGUCUGGAGGGAGUUCAUUGGCCCUGCGGAUGUACAGGAGGCCAGGAGGGACAAACCUGACAGUCUGCGUGCCCAGCACGGGACGGAGUCUCUGUUUAACGGUCUCCACGGCAGCGAGGAUGGCGAGCGUGCCAGCAGGGAGCUGGCCUUUUUCUUCCCCACCUUCCGCACGUCGCCGCCCGACUCCACCGCCGGCCCGGCGCACCAACAGGAGCGGUCAGCGCGCGGGCCCGCCGCAGCGGAAGGACGACCCGCCGAGAGGACGCUGGCUCUGAUCCGGCCGCAGCUUGCCAGGGAACACAGGGACGAGCUCUUGUCCUGCAUCCAUGAGGCCGGCUUCACUGUGGCCCUGCAGAAGGAGCUGACCCUGAGCGAGGAGCAGGUGAGGGAGUUCUACAGCGCACACUUGGAGCAGGACUACUUCCCAGCGCUGCUGCAGAGCAUGACCAGUGGUCCAGUGCUGGCUCUGGCCUUGGCUCAGAGGGACGCCGUGCAGCGCUGGAGAAGCAUGCUGGGGCCCACUGACAUCAGCCUGGCCCUGGAGGAGCAACCCGCCUGCCUGAGGGCCCGGUUCUCGGUGGAGGGUGAACUCGUGAACCAGAUCCACGGCAGCGGGAGCUCAGAGGAGGCCGAGCGGGAGAUCCGCUUCUUCUUCCCGCGUUUGGAGGAUACGUUAGCCGUUAUCAAGCCCAACGGCAUGGAGCAGCACCGAGAGGAGAUUCUUCAGGAGAUCCGGGCCGGGGAGUUCUCCAUCAUGCAGCAGAAGGAAGCGGUUCUGUCUCGAGAACUGGCGGAGGAGUUCUACAGGGAGCACCGGGACAAGCCGUUCUUCAGCCAGCUGGUGGACUUCAUGUGUCGGGGCCCCUGUCUGAUGCUGGUGUUGACCAAAGAGAACGCCGUGGAGGAGUGGAGGGCCAUGAUGGGCCCCACUGACCCCAGCGAGGCUCGCCAGGCCGCCCCCGACUCCCUGAGAGCCCGCUUCGCCCGGGACGUCCUGGAAAACUCCGUCCACGGCUCGUCCAACGCGCAGCAUGCGCGACAGAAGAUCGACUUCAUCUUCGGGGAGAUUGGCGAAGAGAAUGAGGGCAAUGUUGAGAGAGAGAUGGGAUCCCUUCCUCGUGGAGAAGAAGGCCUGGAGAGUUCCGAGGACUUGAGGCAGCUGGAAGAAUCGAUAUCUCCCUCAACUGAUGCUAAUGAGCAGCUGAUGGCCCUUAUGAGUCCGGAGGACAAUUCUCCAAUAGAGUUGAAUGAGGCACUCUCAGCGCAUGGUCCCCGGACUCCUGACGUUGCCAUACCAACAUCAGAGCUGAUGGGGGAAGUGGAAGCACGCAGUGCUGUCAGUAACCGUCCGCAGUCUGGUGACCCGAUGACCUCUGAGGAGCUGAGAUGUUUGGGCGACAGCUCCCAGGACUGAGGUCAAAGGUCAGGCCAGAGGAAACAGGAUUGUGGCAUCUCCUUCAUCAGGGAGAUCUGACCCCAUUAUAACUCCUGACGUGACCGCUCACUGGACAACAGAUGAUCUGCCCCUUAAGUCCUUGUCAAAUGAGUCAUGAGUCAAAUGAUAUGCAGGGGGUACACUGUAGUACUGUGAUGGGCUUGAGUCGGAGAAGAUUAAAAAUCCUCCUGCCUUUACUCUGUCUGGGAAGCCAUUGGUUAAUCAGAAAAAUAGAGACGGUGUUAGACAUGAAAGACUGAAUUAUGAAUGAUUUAGGUAAAGCUGGUUUGUGUUUAAUCCCAUCAUAGGGGGAUGAAGCAGUAUUUAUUGUUUUUGUCAGGUAUAAUAAAACCUGCUAUUUCUGUCUGGCUUUGUUUAAGUAACAAUAAAGAGUGGCAGGACA